AUGCAACUUGAAAAUGAAGGCAGUUCAGGUUCAAUUAAUUCUCAUUGGGAAAGAACUGUUAUUUAUAAUGAAAUGAUGACUGGAGAUGAAGUAUAUGAUAGUGUUCUUUCUAUAUUUACAAUUGCUCUUUUGAAAGACACAGGCUUUUACCCUGAAGUAAAUGAGAAUAUGGCAGAUAAUACAUUCUGGGGAAAAGGAAAAGGUUGCGAUUUCUUAGAAAACGCUUGCUAAAGUAAAGUCGGAUACCCUGAAUUUCCUAAAUAAAAUAGUUAAGUGUUAUGUUCAUUUGAAUAUGAUGGAAUUGGUAUUAGUGGACCUUUAGAACUUGGAGACGGAUGUUAUUUAAUAAACAUAUAUUAAAAUAGAUAAUGUUCAAAUCCUUAUGUUAUAUAAUAAUAAUAUGACAAAAAUUAAGAAUCGAAUAAAUUAUCUAAUUAUUCAACUCAAAGUAAAUGCUUUAAAUCUACAGCUAAAAAAUAAAACUCUGUAAAACUAUAUACAAUGAUACUUAAUUUAGAUGUCACUAAUUCAAAUGUUCCUCCGAUGCUUCUGAAAUAUCUGUUGUUUUCCCCGAUAUUGAUUUAAAAGUUUUAUGUGGAAAAGGAGAAUAAAAUAUAUAAAAGGAUAUCGAUCCAAGUGGCCUAAAAGCUUAAGGUAAAGUCACAUGCCCUUAAGAUUACGAAAGAUUCUGUAAUUAUACUUCUAUAUGUCCGAAUUUCUGUUCUGAAAAAGGAGUUUGUGUUAACGGUCAAUGCAUCUGCAAAUCCGGAUUCGGAGGAGUUGAUUGUUCUAUAAAUUGCUCCGGAGUA